GUGCCGUGAGCGGGUGACAGUGCCUGGCUGCUCCUUCAAACACACGCAUUCCACCCACAGACCAAACUUGUUAAAAAACCUUCUGACGCGGGCGACAGCGAUGCUCUAACAUUCUCCACAAAGCGUAUCACAUCUUUAAUUUAUAAUAAGUAAACGUACCCACAAUUCGCUUUGAAAUAGAUGAAAUAAUAACUCAGCAUGCAAAGAGAGCAGAAUUUGAAUACGGAUAAGAAAUACAUAUUCGCGUAAAUGAAGUAAACGGGGGUUCUUGUGCGAGGAGGGGAGGUUCUUACGAUGCUGAAGGAGAGCGACGUGGCGUACCCCCUCUGAGACGCUCCGACCACGACAACAUGAGAAUCACUGACGCGGACGACGACUACACGGUGACGGCGGACCAGCGCGCGGCACUCAUGGAGCUGGAAUCCCUCACCUGGAACUACCCGACGCCGCAGCAGGCCCGGGGGUGCGCCUCCUCCCUCACACACGGCACCAAGGAUGAUUCAGACGACUCCGAAGAUGAUGACGAUGAUGAGUCCUAUUACAUGGACAUCGUUCCGUAUGACAUGACGGAGAGGCUGAAAGAGGUGAACAGGGCUCUCAUCGAGGACCCGACGCCGGCGGAGUGUGACCGUGCCAUAACUAUCCGCUUCCGGGAGGUGAUCGCCGACUACCACUCACCGCGGGACGACUUUCCUUCAGAUUCAGACGACGGCUAUGGGGACUCCUCAGAUAUCCUGUACGAUGCUGAGGAGGAGGAGGGAGAGGAGGGUCUCACCUCCCUCAGCGCAGAGGCCAAAGAGGUGCUGGGGGGAAAUGUUAACGUGGUGGACAUGAUGGCAAGCUCAGUCCUGGGGGACGAUGGUCACGGUCUCACCUCUCAGACGCACAGCAAAACACUUGAUAUACCGAAGCUGCAGCUGGAGGAUCAACACGAAGACACUUCCUCGUUUGUCGACGGGGAGCUUCCCGAGCCAGCGGGGUCAAGAUAUGUCCUGGACGAGAAGCCUUUACUGUUGUUAGAUGACCGGAGUGUAUCCUACACUGAGUCCUUGGCCAGAGAUGUUGAGAGUCCAGAGAUUGAGGAGAAUCUACCCGAUUCCAAGCUAGAGGAAGCUGAAGAAGUACAGGAGGUAGCUGACUUAGUUACAAAAGGCAGCGUAUCUUUACUAGAGGUAAGUGAGAAGACCUACGUAGAGAGGGGACCCAGGAGUCUUGGUGACAUGACGACAGAAGACGAAAUACCCGCCAACUCAUCUGUCAAUAUACUCUCAGACAACACAUGUAACGAUGCUUCAGACACAAUCAGCUUCCAUAUUCCGGCCAAGAGCGAGUCAGAUUUUGCUUCUUUCGAGUACAGUGAUGAUUUUGAAGAUUUUCAAGAAGAACCUGGAAGCACAGAAAAAGAUAACAAGAAAUCAGAAAGAGAGGAAGGGCCGCUAGCAUCGACUCCAAACAAUGAAUGUCCUCCAAAGAAGCUCCAGACUUCCGUUCCUGAUCCUGCCCCCCUCACAAAGGCAGCGGCGCCCACGGAAGGGCUCCCUCCCUCGCGAGACUCACAAAAGCAUUCCCACAAAAGUAAAAAGGACCAUGUCUCACGAAAAGUUCAAAGCCCUCCCGUUGAAAGAAGGAGAAAAAACUCAUCUGAGUCGGCCAAGACUUCGCCCAGCGAGACAGGUCGCAGCCCGAAGCCCAAGCGUGUGGGGGGUGGCACCCCGAUGAUCAAGCCUGCCCUCCUUUCCUCGGACAAGUUGAACACCAUCAAACACAACGAGUCAAGCCGCCACAAGAGCAGAUCCACAGCGCAUGCCCCCUCCGCCUCAUCUUCUCCCUUAUCGUCCGCAUCGUCUUCCUCCUCCCAUUCGUCAUCGUCGUCAUCCUCAACAUCAUCGUAUUCCGUCUCCAGAGCAAGAAGUCGCAAUCAGUCGUCCAUCAGUGGCCCAGUACGGCCGACGGCUCACAGACCCUCUGGCAGCACGACAAAAGAAUCCAGUCGCGUCGGUGGAAGUAGUCCCGUGAGGCCGCCCUCCUCCGCCUCCCACAGCGGUGUCCCUCACACACCUCCCGGACAAACACUCGGGGGCAGACUGAUGCCCCCGGCCCGUGUGAGGAAAGCAGCCAGCGCCUCGGACCUUCACAAUAGGGUGACUGACGAGGUAGACGACAGGCGGCGGCAAAACGAUGAGGUGUUCCAGGCGUGGCUGCGUCAGAAGAACAAGCAGGCGGCGCAGUGCAAGAGGCAGCAGCAGAGGCCGGCAGGAAAGAGGAGCGCAGCAGAAGCAGCGGCGCGUCGCGCGCAGGCCGAGGAGGCGUUCCAGGUGUGGCUGUCAAGGAAGAGAGAUCAGCUGCGCCUCGAGAAGAAGCUGCGAGGGGAGCGGCGGCGCCUCGAGGACCAAAGUCGCUACGCCCGAACAAAGAACGAAUGUGAAGUCGCUUAUAAGGAGUGGUGCCGCCGCAAACGUGAUGAGGUGCGGAUGACGGCUCGCUCAGGGGGCGCCGUGCCCCGCUCCCAGUCCCUCGAGCGGACGUGGGUACAGGAGAAGACACGAAAGCUGUACACUGCUUACCUUAACAACCACUAGAUUUUUGACACGUUGACCAAGGAACCAUCACACAACAAUUCGAAGGGAACCACUGGGAAGAAUCCAGCCAUUACUGUUACCACACUUCCAUUUUCCACCGAUAUUGUUUACAUUAACUUCAUUCAUGUGACAAAGGAUAGGAAGAUCUGUAUACAUGUAUGCUCUUAACAAAACAAGAAAAGCCUUUAUCCUAUACUCACAUUAUUUUUUUCAUCUUUCAUUCAUUAUCUGCUCUUCACCACCAUCACCACCGCCACCUCCUCCUCCUCCUCCUCCUCCUCCUCCUCCUUUUCCUCCUCCUCCUCCUCAUCAUCACCAUCAUCAUUAUCAUUAUCAUCAUCAUCAUCAUCCCCUGUUCUCCUUUGUUGUUUCUUCCUUUUCCUGUACAUUCAUUCCACUAGAGUACAUCUGAUUAGUUAAUUAUAAAAAAAGCUGUUAAAUUUCAUGUGUGUGUGUGUGUGUGUGUGUGUGUGUGUGUGUGUGUGUGUGAUGCCGAGCUCUUUUUUUCUUUUGUUGAUAUACGCCCAAUACUGCACCAUCUGUGGUGUCGUCUGCCAUCUCGUAUCGUGAGACAUCCCAUCCUGAUCUGUGCAUCGUAGAACCCAAUCUUUACUAUCACAGAGUAACUAAGUGAAGCAUCUAAGUGUAAAAAAGUAGCAAGGAGGACCUAAAAACCGAUGCAAAGCGGAACAGGUCACAAGAAGAAGAAGAGUGCUUGUUGAUAUCCUAAUUAUAAUCACACAUACGUCAUCAUUUGCUUUUAUAAUAAUAUAAAUAAACUUGGGUGGGACAGAUCCCGACAAGUAGUCGACAAAAGACACGGUACCGUGUCGAAAUUCAUGUAUGUAUACAGGAUGGGAUGUCUCAGGAUACACCACACCAUCAACAACAACGAGAAGACUUAAACAUUUCGGGUCUUCGUGAAUAAACAUUUUUCACGGCAUAACAUUCAAUGUCCUUUAUAUUUGUUAUUUAUGUAUUUAAUCAUAUUUUCAUGUAACAUUCAAAACUACUUCAUGAAGGUUUUCACAAUAACGUCUUACAUAAUACAAGAUGACCAUAAUUUUUUUUAUCAUUAUUAUCACUAGGGUAAUUACAUCGCUCUAUCCACAAGCGAGGACUGUAUUGAAAAUAUUUUUACCCAUGUUGUAUUUUGUUGAGUCAACAUUGUGAUUAUAUACUUUUGAAGAACGUCUUUAUAAAAGUCAUGUAAUUCGACGAUAUAUUCGAGGUCUAUAGUUGUUGUAUUCACAUUUUUCGUUAUGAGUAAAGAAAAUAGAGAUCUGAUAUAUUUCUCCACCUCAGAAGCAUUUUUUGAAAGUACUCAACACCGACAGAAAAUUCAUUCUGAAUACAAGGUCUUGUGUUGGAUUAGUAAUUUUAUCUUGAGUAGAUAGGAUACAUGAGGGUUGAACUAAAUGUACAAAAUUAGUUUCGACAUAGUUAGGUGUCACGUUAACACUGGAAUCUGCUUACAUCGUUUUCGAGAUUUUUUUCUUCGAUUGAACUUUUCAUGCAGAGAAAAUGUAUACAAGAUUGCGCCAAUAUCGCAAUUUGUUCUCCUUUCGGGAAGGAAAGGAUAUCUUAGCUAUAUUUCAUGUUUCUAUGAGAAAUCUGAACAUUUACUAGCCUCAGUAAAAUAUAUUUUAUUUACACCUGACUGCAUAGUAAAGUCGCAUUUUGCACACACACACACACACACACACACACACACACACACACAGACACACAC